CACAAGCAUACACUGACGACGUCGCAGCUCCUUAAUCCGAGCUUCCGGUGUUAUGGCAGCUUGCAGAGAAGGAGAGUAAUGUGGCAUUUUUGGAAAUGAACGUGUGACAGGCGUGUUUGGAUGGCGGUGACACAGCUGUUUCGGCUGGUUGCCAGUAGGUCGGCAGUUCGUACAACUUUCCGUGUGCACAGGAGGUACAGCAAGUUGCAGGUGUCUCCAGCUUUAUCUGAGCGACUUCGAGUCUUUGAGUCUCUCAGGGAAAAACUAUCCAAUAAGAAGAGAUUUGAAGCUGCAGAAAAGCCCCUUAGUAUCCGUCUGACUGAUGGCCGGACAGUAAAGGGAACAGCUGGUGUCACCACUCCUCUCUUCAUUGCACAGAGUGUGCGGUUGAAAGGAGCGCUGGUGAGUAAGGUGAGCGGAGAGCUGUGGGAGCUUGGACGACCUCUAGAGGCAGACUGUGAACUGCAUCUUCUGGGGUUUGACACAGUCGAGGGAAAACAGGCAGCAUGGAGGACCGGAGCAUGUGUCCUGGGCAGUGUGUUGGAGGGGGCAUUUAAUGCUCAAGUUUGCAGAGAAGGAACAUCAGAACUCGGACUUUUCUGUGAUCUUGUAUUGGACAACAGUACCUUAUCUCUGAGUGAUGUUGAUGCAAGGUGUAAGGAGGCGGCAGCGCUCAAACUUCCUUUGUUCAGCCUGGAGCUGAAUGCAGAAGAAGUCAGAGAACUUUUUCAGGACAGUCAGCUGAGGCUGCAGCUGGUUGAAGAGCAGAUGAGUGGCUCCACAGUCAGAGUGUACAGGUGUGGAGACAGUAUAGGAGUGUGCAGUGGGCCCCUCCUCCCACACACUGGCCUCCUCAAGGUCUUCAAGAUGCUCCAGCUGUCCUCCGUGACCCUGGCCAAUCAGACAGAGUCCUUGGGUUUAACACGUUUGUUAGGUGUGGUGUUCCCGGGAGAAAAGGACAAGGAGGAGUGGGAGAGCGAGCAGGCAGAGGCGAGGAGGAGGGACCACAGGCGUAUUGGGACGGACCAGGAGCUGUUUUUCUUCAAUGAAGUCAGUCCAGGCAGCUGCUUCUUUCUGCCUAAAGGAGCCCACAUAUACAACACCCUCACUGACUUUAUAAAGAGUGAAUACCGAAGGCGAGGUUUCACCGAGGUUGUGACCCCUACCCUAUACAGCACUGCAUUAUGGGAACGCUCGGGUCAUUGGGAGCACUACAGCGAGAACAUGUUCACCGUGACAUCAGAAGGCUCUCAGACCUACGCUCUCAAACCCAUGAAUUGUCCUGCGCACUGUCUCAUGUUUGAGCAGCGAGUUCGCUCGUGGCGGGAGCUUCCUCUGCGGUGGGCCGACUUCGGGGCGCUGCAUCGUAAUGAGAUCUCUGGAGCUCUGGGAGGUCUGACACGUGUCCGCAGGUUCUGCCAGGAUGAUGCUCACAUCUUUUGCACACCUCAGCAGCUAGAAGAAGAGAUUGUGGCUUGUUUGGACUUUGUCCGGAGCGUCUAUCAAGUGUUUGGGUUUUCCUUUCACUGCUUGCUCUCCACACGUCCUACGCCGUGCCUGGGGGAGCCUGAACAGUGGGACAAUGCUGAGCAGCAGCUGGAGAGGAGUCUUCAGCAGUUUGGUGAACGUUGGGAGUUGAACCCUGGAGACGGAGCCUUUUACGGACCUAAGAUCGACAUCCUCAUCAAGGAUGCAAUCGGCCGACAGCACCAGUGUGCCACAAUACAACUGGACUUCCAGCUGCCAAUCAGAUUCGACCUUCAGUACGUCGGACGAGACGGGCAGGUGCACAGACCAGUGAUGGUCCACAGAGCAGUGCUGGGUUCACUGGAGAGAAUGAUCGCUAUAUUGGCCGAAAACUUUGGAGGGAGAUGGCCACUGUGGUUGUCUCCGGCUCAGGUCAUGGUUAUUCCUGUGGGGGGCAACAGUGAGUCAUACAGCAGGCAGGUGGUUCAACAGUUCUAUGAAGCUGGCUUCAUGGUUCAUUUGAACGAUGAUCAAGGCGCAACCUUAAAUAAGAAGAUUCGCUCUGCUCAGCUGGCCCAGUACAACUACAUAUUUGUGGUUGGAGAUAAGGAACUUGAGACUCGAACAGUGAAUGUCAGGAGCAGAGCGGGUAAACAGCUGGGCAGGAGGCCAGUGGAGGAGGUGCUGAGGUCCCUCACACAGCUAAGAGACACAAGAAGCAACCUUGAUGAGUUUUCAUGAGGGUUUCCUAGAAAUAAUGAGUCACUGAUGUAAUGUUGGUUUUGCAUGCUCAAGCUGCUACACUCCAGCUUUUUCUGUAGAUGUGGCUGCUACAAACUGUAAGAAAAGUACAUUAAAAAAUGACAUAAAACAUG